AUGGAUGCAUAUUAUUUACUGUUUUGGCUUCAAGUUUGUAUGAAUGCGUGGCUCAGUCAGGCUGCGACAGAAAAUUUUUUGGUCUCUGUCACGUCUAACAUGUCAGUCCACACCAUGCAAACUACAAUAUUACCAUGCUGGCUCAGUCCACCACAAAGUGCUGAAGACAUGGAGGUGAACUGGUUUCAUAGCAAAUUCGAUACUCCCAUCAUGCUCUACAAGGACAAGACUAUCAACAAUGCAUCUCGGCCAGCUUCCUACAGUGACAGAGUUUCAUUUGGCCAUAAGGAUGCCUCUUCCACUGGUCUGAAGGCCGGAGACGUGAGCCUUAAACUGGUGAACGUCACAACUGCUGAUGCGGGAGAAUACACUUGUUAUGUUAGCAGCGACAAGCAUCACGACCACGCAAGUUUAAACCUUUUUGUGAGCCAAACUGGAGUGGAACCUUUGCUCACAGCAGUAGUAAAUGAAGUUGACAAAAUGAAUGUGAGCUGCGAGUCUGAGGGCUGGUAUCCUAAACCUCUGUUGCAUUGCAUGCUUGUUUUGGGAGCAGAUCCGUUUUCUAAACAUGCCAGUAAUGAAGAUCCGUCUGAAUCUGAAAAACUUCUUGACACGGAUUACAAAUAUGUUAACAUUGACCUUGAGAAGAAUGGGAAUGAGAGUAUUUUAAUAAAAAACAAUAGACUAAGAGAAUCGUGUGAUGCCGCAGAGAAGGAAAGCAGAGUUACCUGUGCCACAGCUGCGUUUCUGUCCAGCCGAGUGUAA